AUGAAAGUAAAUGUCAAUGUCGUCAACUCAAAUACGUCAAAGUCAAAUGCAAAAAUGUCAUUAACACGUUGCUUAACGGUGGUGUCGGUUCCGGUUUGUUUGUCGAUAUUGAGACGAACAUUGGUGACGGGCAGUGCGGAUUAUUCGCGGACGUGUAGUACUAGUGUCACCAGUUCUACUGCUAAACCACUCCGAGCAACAGACACGAUGUACAUCGCUGAGGAACGUGGAUCGGCUUAUGCACCAGAUUACCGUGUGUUUUUCAAGGAUGAAAGCGGACCGAUAUCGCCCCUGCACGACAUCCCCCUGUGGGCGGACAAGGAGCGGCGCCUAGUGAACAUGGUGGUAGAAGUGCCGCGCUGGACCAACGCCAAGAUGGAGAUCUCCCUCGGCGAGCCACUCAACCCCAUCAAACAGGAUGUGAAGAAGGGCGCGCUGCGCUUCGUGAGCAACGUGUUCCCGCACCGCGGCUACAUCUGGAACUACGGCGCGCUGCCGCAGACCUGGGAGAACCCGCAUCACGUCGACCCCGGCACGCAGGCGCGCGGCGACAACGACCCCAUCGACGUCAUCGAGAUCGGGGAGCGCGUGGCGGCGCGCGGCGACGUCUACCCCGUCAAGAUCCUCGGCACGCUCGCGCUCAUCGACGAGGGCGAGACCGACUGGAAGCUACUGGCCGUGGACGCGCGCGACCCCAACGCCGACAAACUGAACGACGUGGCCGACGUGGAGGCAUUGUUCCCCGGCCUGCUCCGCGCCACCGUGGAGUGGUUCCGCCUCUACAAGGUGCCCGAUGGCAAGCCCGUCAACGUCUUCGCCUUUGACGGUGAGGCCAAGAAUGCGGACUUCGCCUACAAGGUCAUCGACGAGGUGCACGAGUUCUGGCGCUCGCUGGUGGCGGGCGACGUCGCCGACGCGACCGACAUCAACAAGAUGAACGUGAGCGUGGAGGACAGCCCGGAGCGCGUGGAGCGCGGCGAGGCCAGCGCCGUGCUCAGCAAGGCGCCGCCGCGCGGCCUGCCGCAGCCCGUCCCGCCCACCGUGGACAAGUGGCACUACAUCUCCAACCUGUGA